AUGGCAGAUGAUGUAGUAGUACGAGUGGGUAUUGUUCUUGAUUUGAACUCCACAAAGGGAGAAAUGGCAAAGAGCUAUUUAUUGAUGGCGGUCUCUGAUUUCUACGCUGUGAAUUCCAAUUAUCGAACUAGACUCAGUCUAUUUAUCAGGGAUUCUAAGGGUGAUGUUAUUGGUGCUGCAUGUGCAGCUCUAGAUUUGAUGAAGAACGAAAAUGUGCAUGCCAUCAUCGGACCUCAAAGGUCAACACAAGCUAAGUUUGUCGCAAAACUUGGUGAUAAGGCUCAUGUUCCUAUACUUUCUUUCUCAGCCACAAGUCCCUUUCUUUCCCCAAACCAUAACCCAUUUUUCAUCCAGACAACCCAAGAUGAUUCAGCUCAAGUGAAAGCCUUAGCCACCUUAAUUCAAGCUUAUGGUUGGCGAGAAGUCAUUAUUAUCAAUGAAGACACAGAUUAUGGCAAUGACUUAAUUCUAUGGUUGAUAGAUGCUUUCCAAGAGGCUGAUGUCCGAUUGCCAUACAGAAGUGUCAUUUCUCCAUCUCCAAAAGAUAGUGAUAUUUUAGAGGAGCUUAACAAAUUAAAGGCAAUGCAAACAAGAAUAUUCCUUGUACACAUGUGUGCUUCUCUUGCCUCAAAGUUUUUUGUACUUGUAAAGAAUUCCGGAAUGAUGAGUGAAGGGUAUGCAUGGAUAAUGACACAAGGGCUAUCAAGUUCGUUAGAUACUAUUGACUCAAAGGUCUUGGAUUCAAUGCAAGGUGUUUUAGGAAUUAGGCCUUACACACAAAUUUCUAAAGGUCUAGAAGAUUUUGAAAGAAGAUGGAAAACAAAUCUCACCUCAGGAAAAACAAACUAUAAGACUUUUGGGUUAAACCUCUUUGGAUUACAAGCAUACGAUUCAAUUUGGGCAUUAGCAAUGGCAGUGGAGAAGGUCAAUAUAGAGAAUUCUAGCUUUUUAAAGCAAAAUGCUAGUGAAAGUAAAGUAGACCUUGCAGCCAUAGGAGUUUCUGAAAUUGGUCUAAGGCUUCUCAACACAAUUGCAAGCACUAGAUUUCAAGGCCUAAGUGGGGACUUUUAUUUGGUUAAGGGACAGUUGAAAGCUUCAAUCUUUGAAAUCUUCAAUAUGAUAGGACAAACCAAGAGGAUUAUUGGGUAUUGGAACACCAAGAAAGGACUUUCAAAAGAAGUAGAUGACAUUUGUACUAUAGCAUCCUCAAUAUUGAAGGACAAUCUUAAGCAACCAGUCUGGCCUGGAGACACAACAAACCAACCAAAAAAGUUAAGGAUUGGGGUUCCAGCAAGAGAUGGUUUUAAUGAGUUUAUAAACGUUAAAUGGUGUCCUCGUACCAAUAAACCAAAUAUAUCCGGGUUUUCAAUUGAUGUGUUUCUUGCUGUGUUGGAUAUGUUACCCUUCCCCCUUCCACAUGAAUUUGUGCCCUAUGUGACUAAAAAUGGACAGAGUGCAGGAACUUAUGAUGAACUUCUUUACCAAAUCAAACUUAAGAAGCUUGAUGCUGUGGUUGGAGACACAACAAUUGUGGCUAAUCGCUCCUUAUAUGUUGAUUUUACAUUACCUUACUCUGAAUCAGGUGUGUCAAUGGUGGUUUUGAUGAAAGAUAAUGAAAAGAAAAACAUAUGGAUUUUUUUAAAGCCGCUAAGCUGGGAACUUUGGUUAGCAAUCGGUUCAGCCUCCAUUUUUACAGGUUUGGUAACAUGGGUUCUUGAACACCAUGUAAAUACUAAGUUUAGAGGGCCCCCUGAUCAACAAAUUGGCACGAUUUUCUUGUUCUCCUUUGCAACGCUCACCUCUAGUUAUAGGGAGAAGGUAGUCAACAAUUUGUCAAGAUUUGUGCUGAUAAUAUGGGCCUUCAUGGUACUCAUCCUAACACAGAGUUACACGGCAAGCUUAGCUUCAAUGUUGACGGUACAACAAUUGAAACCUGAAUUUGUUGAUGUAAAAGAGAUCAAAAGGAAUGGUUACUUUGUAGGAUAUCAUAAUGAUUCCUUCGUUAGAGAGCUUCUCAUAAAACAGUUCAAUAUCGAUGAGUCCAAGUUGAAGCCUUAUAGAACCCCUGAGGAGUAUGAUGAAGCUCUGUCGAAUGGAACUCAUAAUGGUGGUGUAGCUGCUAUUUUUGAUGAGAUCCCUUACAUUAAGCUUUUCCUCUCAAAGUAUGGCUCUAGGUAUGCAAUGGUUGGACCAAUCUACAAAACUGAUGGAUUUGGCUUUGCCUUCCCACGUGGAUCCCCUCUAGUCUCUUACAUUUCAAGAGCAGUCUUGAAUGUCACUGAAGAUACAGAUAAGAUGACAGGAAUUAUGAGGAAAUAUUUUGAAACUCAAACUACAUGUGUAGAUGGAAGUGCUGAAAUCUCUACAGAUUCUCCUAGUCUUGGUGUGUAUAGCUUUGGGGGCCUUUUCAUCAUAGCUGGAGUGGCUUCCAUGUUUUCCCUAUUGAUAUAUGUGGUGAAGUUCCUUCACUUUCAUUGGCCAACCUCAAACAUUGUCCCUCCCAAAGGAUCCUUUUGGUUGAAACUCAUUGAGUUGGUAAAGCAUUUCGACCAAAAAGAUCUAUGUUCAUAUCCUUUUAGGAAAAAUGAAUCUCCACUAUGUCCUAAAAUAAGUCCUGAUGGCUUUGGAGCUUCACCUAGCAUAGAUGAUAAGCAAAAACAUUCAAGGACAAGCAGUGAAGGAGCAGACAAUGUUGCUACAGAUGAUGAUGACGAAAUUUUGUGA